CCACUUGUCCCGUUGUGCGUCGCUUCAACGGCUUUCUCCUAUACGCAGCGUGCGCCGCUCGGGCCGCGCACAGUCCCCAAUGGAACAAACGGAAAAUUUGAAAUCCCCUCUCGCACCACGCUUCACUCCGCCGCCUCGGUUCUCGCGAGCACCCAGUACAAAACACACUCCCCAACGCUCACUUUACUCCUGCUCAAACACCACCUCAUCUCUGUGCGUGGAAUCCCCACCUCAUACCAGCUCCCAAAUCCGUCAUUCGUAUCUGAACCCAUGGGUCUCUGCCUCAGCAAGAAGCAACGACGCCGAGAUGAGCAGCCGUGCGGCAACGCGGUCAAGAAGAAGAGCGGCAAGAGGGCCGGCAAGGAGGAUGCCGCGCUAGUGCCGGAGGUGAAGAAGGCGCCGUUGGCAAAGCCGGCGCCCACCAGGAAGGCGGAGGAGCCGGCGGCGGACAAGCGGACGGUAUUCGUGGUCAAGGCUGCCGCCGCCGCCGCGGCUGCCGAGGUGGCCGCGGAGGCGAACGGCGAGGGGGCGAAGGCGGUGCCGGCGCCGGCGGCGGAGGAUGCGAAGCCCGCCGCUGUGAGCAGGGUGCCGGUGCGGACCUCGAGCUGCACCAAGGAGGAGGUGGACGCGAUACUGAUCCAGUGCGGCCGGCUCAGCCGGAGCUCCUCGGCUUCGGGGAAAGCGUCGGCGUCGGGCGAGAGCGGCGGCGGCCACCAUAGGUACUCUGGAUCCAAGAGGAGCUAUGAUUUUGACAGGGAGAAGAGAGGCGGAGGCGUCGACGACGAGUGCGACUGGGAGAGGCACGGGGCAGCCGCCGUGUCGAGGCCGUCGCCGCGCCGGAGGACGCCGGAGCGCAAGAGGUCGGCGAGCCACGAGAGGACCAGCGGCGGCGGUGGGAACGGGAGCAGGAGAGUGAGCCGUUCGCCGGGACGGCGUGGCGACGCCGCACCCGCGGCCGUGAGCUCCGCGGGCGUCGAGCGGGUCGCGCGGCCUCCCGGGAAGAUGGUUUCUGUCCCGGCCCGGGAGAAAGGGCGCGCGCCGUCGCCGGUGAAGAGGUAUCCAUCGCCAACUCUGAGGUCGAACUCCCCGGCGAGGGCGGCUGCCGUCGCGAAUGAGAAUGCCGGGGUGCAGCCGACGCACGGGCCGUCGCUGAGCCGGAGCUCCUCCAGGAAGGCGGAUCACUCGCCGUACCGUCGCAACCCCAUGUCUGAGCUGGACGAGAACACUCUAGUCAACAAGGACGAGAACACUCUAGUCAACAACCAGCACAGCAACAACAGUGGAAAGCCCCGAAAGAAACCCAUGGAGAGUGCCGCCGUCGUGCCACAGAAGUUAGCAGAGCGGGCGAAAGAACAGGCACCCAGCUGCCGGAUUAGCAAGGAGAAGCCGGAGAUCGUGGAGGAGGCAGUGGCGUCGUUGGGCGCCAAGGCACCGUCAGCAAGGAUGAACGCGACGCACAUUGUGAGCAUUGUGGCCGAGAGCGUCGUCAAUCCGAGGGACCGGUCAUGGAGGCGGUCCUCGCGCGACUUCGACUUGGAAGAUGCCGUGGCAUCAGACACCAAAGCAGUAGCACCGUCCUCCAGGAUGAAAGCGACGCACUCGGUGAGCAUCGUGGCGGACCCUAAGGCGGCAGGGCCAACGGGCCGGUCGUCGAGGCGGGCGUCGCGCGACUUCGACCACAACAACGGCAGCUCUAACGCCUUCCUGGAUGAGGCAGCAACCAUGGCGUCGGACAUCAAAGCGCCCUCGUCCAGGAUGAACGCUACGCACUCGGUCAGCAUUGUGGCCGAGAGCGUGGCCAACAACCCGAAGGCGGCAGGCAGGUCGUCGAGGCGGUCCUCUCGCGACUUCGACCACAACGGUAACUCUUACGCCUCCCUGCUCCUCGAGGACAUCCAGAGCUAUCACCAGCAGAAGGCCGGCGACGCCGCCGCCCCGGCGCCGGCGUUCUCGCUCCCGGCGUGCGUGUCCAAAGCCUGCUCCAUUCUCGAAGCGGUCGCGGACCUCAACUCCUCGUCGGAGGAGGACAGGAGCUUCGAGCUGGACCGGUCGGCCGACGACAUGGGGUCCAUCAACGUGAGCUGCUACAGCGGGAAGGGGCCGGCGACGGCGGGCACGCACGUCGUCGAGUCUGAGGUCGUUGUCAAGGACGACCUCACGGAGCCGAGCCUGCACAAGUACGUGUCCGUGAGGGACAUCGAGCCGCAGGAGUCCGCCGGGAGCAACAGCUUCGCCGGCAACCCUUGGACCAGGUCCUCGUGGGAGCCCAACUCCGUCGAUUCCACCGGCAGGACGUGGACUGUCUCGCAGUCCGACGACAGCGACGACGAUGUCGAGGACAGAGGCACGGUCAGUACACUUGAGCAAUCUUGGCAGAGCGAGCAGGAGCCCAGUGCCUGUCCGCGGAUCGGUUCUGCCAGCAAUGCUCAGCUCGGACGCGGCACCGGUGCUCAUCGGGGCAGCAGUAGCGUCCUCACUGGGCGAUCCGAUGUUCGUACUGUCUCGGUGAACUCUUCUAUCGCUUAGUGUUGCUACUUCUUUUAGGAAUUCUGCUCAAGCGUGGUGUUAGCCUCAUUCUACACUUGUAAUGGCAAGACGGGUUGCUGUCUCAAAGAUGUGUUCUUUUAGGAAUGUGUUUGCCUCAUUCUACACUUUAUUCUUGGUAUGUCCUACUGACCAUGAUUGGCCGGGAGAUUUCGAUCACCGGAAAUAAUCUUUAUGAAGAAUUUCUCACUCA